GCGGAUGGGAGAAAAUAUAGAUCUCACCUCCUCGCGUGUCGUUUCACACUCACACACACCGACCGGCGCCGGUUCAUGACGAAGAAGAGCAAUCGUCCGCGCGUGGACCUUCGCAUCGUGGUGGACGAGGCGCCGGAUGUGGUGGUUCGGGCUGCAGAUUCCAUGCAGCCACCGCCACCAUUGGCUGGGUGUGGCGUCAACGACAACGAAAGUGGCGACGAGGCGUGGUGGCUAUCCGGGUACUGCUUGCCGCCGCCAGGUCAUCUCGGCGCACACUCUGUUCCCGUGACUUCGUCCAAGGACCGAAGGCUGGACGUGUUCACAACGCCGACCCAAGAGGCCAGGCCAACACCUGCUCGCACUUGUUUUGACCACUUCGUCCUGCGUCCAGCCACGUCGUCGGCGACGCUUCAGGCCAAAGUGCCGUCAGUAGAACCAUCCGUGCCAAUGCUAUCGUCCGUUGGUCAUCGGCGCGGAGGUGCCGUGUUGCUGCCGUCGAUAUCCAGCCUCAUUUCCAUCUCUCCACCCACGGCCAAGCGCAGCAGCGCCGACGCCGUGCUUGACCUGCACGAGAUCACCAACAACCGUCUCGUGAAACAGUUUAAGCUCGUGUAAACUACCAAUGUCUCGUCCCA